CGACACUACCAGCGCCUCAAUCGCUUGGAAGAGCAAAUGGCUGUCAUUGAUUACCUUUUCGAUGAGUCUCGUCGCAACCUGAUCAUGGAGCGGACCAAGUCCUUGCAAAGCGAUCCUAUCACGACGUCCAGAGAGCCAGUAGAUGCGGUGUAA